UCCUGGGGACGUGGUUGCGCCGCGCAGGGUGAAGCACCGACGCUUUCCAAGAUUAAAUCAGCCGAGAUAGAAACAAGGAGCCCCGAAAAAAAUUGUGCACGAGACAGAUAUUGUGGAGAUGCCGCACAUCUUUGCCAUUCCGCCUGUAAAUAACCUGUGGGAUGUUUAUUUUGGAUGCGUUUUUGGUUUUAGUGCGCGCACUGUGCUGUAGCUUUGCGCAGAGUUGGCUUCAUCUUCACAAUUAUCCUCAUUUUAACAUCACUCCUCGCUAAUGUGCAGGGGGCUGUGGUUGCAGCCACUCACAAUGCGUGUGCUUGGCUUUUAAAUGUAAAAUUUAAGUGACAGAGGAUGAACUAAUUGGCUCCGUGGAUCAUUAGCGCUCCAGCGCCUGACAGGAGCUCCCAUCAUGGCCAGAUACUGAAGCGAAGCAAGGGCCGUUUGAAGUCACAUGUGCCCAGAACAAACAAGUAAGAUGACAAGAGCCGUCCUCUCAGGAGAGUCUCUUUAUUACCGAGGAAGCUGCGUUGGGAUCAAAUCCGAGUUCCUGGAUUGCAACAGAGUUGGAGGGACAGGGAGCAGAGGGAGAGGAGAGGGAGGAGAAGCAGAGGAGAGCUGCUGAGCUGCACCACAGAGAUGAUGGACAAGCUGUGACUCCAGUGAUGGACUGAUCUGAAGGUGACACAAAAAAACACGUUUUUCCUUCACACCUGACAUGCAUGGACACACAGCAGCAUAGGUGAGAGGAGCUGCCCGCUUUGAACCCAACAAAUCGGCCCAAUGAUUGAAACACAGCUCCAGGAGGACAACGCUGGCCUUUAUCUGGAAACCGUCUCUCAGGUCUGCACAAACUGAUUCUACCUUUCGUCCCAGAAAAUCAAAAGCAAGUAAAACCUGGAACCUCAGCCCCUUCCCCAAGUGCCCUGGAAACCCACGGGAUUCAGUCUGCAACCACAGAUGUAACAAGUUGACAAGUUUUCGUCACCAGGGAGUCCUGAGUUUUUGGACCAAUCUCGCAGGGCAAGUUUUGCCUCUGUAAGACAGUCAAGCAUGGAAACUCCUCCAAAUGCCACCCCACAGCCCUUCAGACAGCCGAGUUUUCUCAAUCGAAGGUUGAAGGGUUCCAUCAAGAGGGCCAAAAGCCAGCCCAAACUGGACCGGACCAGCAGCUUCCGACAGAUGAUCUUGCCCCGGUUUCGAAGUGCAGACCAAGAGAGGACUCGCUUGAUGCAAAGCUUCAAAGAAUCCCACUCCCAUGAAUCCCUGCUCUCACCAAGCAGCGCUGCGGAGGCUCUGGACCUAGUUUUGGAUGAAGAGGCCAUAAUCAAACCCGUCCACUCGAGUAUUUUAGGACAAGAGUACUGCUUUGAGGUCACGACCAGUUCAGGGACAAAAUGUUUUGCCUGCCGCUCGGCUUCAGAGAGAGACAAGUGGAUUGAGAACCUCCAACGAGCUGUCAAACCCAACAAGGACAACAGCCGACGGGUGGACAAUGUGCUCAAGUUGUGGAUCAUCGAAGCUCGGGACCUCCCAGCUAAGAAACGCUACUACUGCGAGUUGUGUCUGGAUGACAUGCUGUACGCGCGCACCACCAGCAAACCCCGCACCGAUACCGUCUUCUGGGGCGAGCAUUUUGAGUUCAACAAUUUGCCCACCAUUCGUAGCCUUCGCUUGCACCUCUACAAGGAAACGGACAAAAAAAGACGCAAGGAAAAAAGCACAUACCUUGGCCUUGUCAGCAUCCCCAUCUCCAGCAUCACGGGCCGGCAGUUUGUGGAGCAGUGGUACCCGGUGAUACAGUCCAGUGUUCUGGCCAAAAGCGGCGGUGUGGGAAGUGGCAAAGUCAUCAAUGCCUCGCUGCGUGUCAAGUCUCGCUACCAGACAAUGAACAUCCUGCCAAUGGAGCUGUACAAGGAAUUUGCCGAGUACAUCACCAACAACUACCGAACACUGUGUGCAGUUCUGGAGCCGCUGCUGAGCGUGAAAAGCAAAGAGGAGGUGGCGUUUGCUCUGGUGCACAUUCUUCAAAGCACAGGGAAGACAAAGGAGUUCCUAUCUGACAUGGCGAUGUGCGAGGUGGAUCGAUUCAUGGACCGUGAGCACUUGAUCUUCCGGGAGAACACACUCGCCACCAAGGCUGUGGAAGAGUACCUCAAGCUGAUAGGUCACAGAUACCUCAAGGACGCUAUAGGUGACUUCAUUCGAGCCUUAUAUGAGUCUGAGGAGAACUGUGAGGUGGACCCCAUGCGUGUCCCGCCAUCGGUUCUCGCCGACCACCAGGCCAACCUGCGCAUGUGCUGCGAGCUGUUACUCUGCAAGAUCAUCAACUCUCUCUGCAUAUUUCCCCGCGAGCUGAAGGAAGUUUUCGCCUCGUGGAGAGCCAGAUCUGCUGAGCGCGGAAGAGAGGAUCUCGCCGACAGCCUCAUCAGCUCCUCCCUGUUCCUCCGCUUCAUGUGCCCAGCCAUCAUGUCCCCCUCCCUGUUCAGCCUGAUGCAGGAGUACCCUGCUGAGCGCACGUCCCGCACGCUCACACUCAUUGCCAAGGUGAUGCAGAACCUGGCCAGCUUCAACAAAUUUGGACCCAAGGAGGAGUACCUGUAUUUCAUGAACGAGUUCCUGGAGAUGGAGUGGGGCUCCAUGCAGCAGUUUCUUUACGAGAUCUCCAACAUGGACACUGGAGGAAACGCCGGAGGGUUCGAGGGCUACAUUGACCUCGGCAGAGAACUGUCCAUGCUCCACAGCUUACUGUGGGAAGUCAUGGGCCAGCUGAGCAAGGACGCUAUUCUCAAACUGGGACCUCUACCACGGUUGCUGAACGACAUCAGUGUCGCCCUGAGGAACCCACAGCUGCACAUGCCAACAAAUCACCAGCCCGACCGACCGAAGGACCGACUCUUCUCACGGCCGUCUUUCAAUCGCCUCAUGUCCUCCGAUUUCCAAAGCCUGAUGAUGCGUGACUUAAACAGUUCAAUAGACAUCUCUCGGCUGCCGUCCCCUACGACAGGAGUAUCCGCCGUCGAAUCCCUCUCAUCCAAUCUGAACAUGAGGCGCCACGCAGAACGAGACCUCCGCUCGUCGAGGGAAGUUUUUUACGUGACCCGUCCACCGCUGGCUCGAUCCAGCCCUGCAUACUGCACGAGCAGCUCGGAUAUUACUGAACCUGAUCCAAAGGUCCACAGUGUGAAUAAAAGUGUCUCUAUGAUGGACCUUCAGGACUCCCGCAUGAACAGCAUUUCCAACCUGAACUCGGUGGGAGACAUGCUCACCUCCUCUCAAGCUUCCAUUGCCGGGCUUGGCCACAGCUUUGGGAACCUGGGCGGUCCUCUUCGUAUGGGAGGGCAUAUGCCGGCGGGCUCGUCGGGCUCUGGUUUGAGGCUGAGCCAGAUGGGCCACAUCGGGGGGCCCACAGAAUCCAUCUCUCAACAGCAACAGCAGGCAGCAGCGGCCAUGCACUUCCCUCUAUCCUUCCAGAACCCGCUAUUCCAUCUGGCCGCCCAGAACUCUCCAGCUCAGUCUCAGCAACCUCCUCCUCCUCUCCUGCUCGCCCCCGAGCCUGAGAAUGGUCACCAUGAUUACACACCCGCCUUUGGCAACAGUGCUUUCUCCCGCAGCGAGGACUUGUCCGGCCUGCGGUCACAGAGCAGUCUGGUGCAGCCCAGCAUUGUCCACUCACACAGCUACAGUGAUGAUUUCACCCGACAGAAUCACAAUAAUGACUACGCCUGGCACCAGCUGUCGCUGCAGGUGCAGGACACACAGCUGUCGGUGACUGACAGUCCAGCUCCUGGGCUUCCGUACCAGACGAGCGCUGCCAAAGAGAACCAGGGCCCGUCAGCAGCUGCAGAGGAGUCAACUGACACUCCGACGAAAAGCACCAAGAAGCCUCAACAGCUGCAGCCUCCACAGCAGCAUCUGCUCAAACCAGUUAAUAAACAGGGUUCGACCUUGAACACCCCGGCCCACAACGAGCGGACUGUGGCCUGGGUGUCCAACAUGCCACAUCUGUCUGCUGACAUCGAGAGCCUGCGGCCGGACCGGGAGGGUCAGCUGAAGGAGUACUCCAAGAGCAUGGAUGAGUCACGAUUAGAGCGGGUCAGAGAGUACGAAGAAGAGAUCCACUCCCUGAAAGAACGGCUGAAGAUGUCUCAUCGCAAGCUCGAGGAGUACGAGCAGAGGCUUGUGUCGCAGGAGCAGACGACCAGCAAGAUCCUGCAGCAGUAUCAGAACCGGCUGGAGGACAGUGAGCGCCGUCUCAAGCAGCAGCAACUGGAGAAGGACUCUCAAAUCAAAGGCAUCAUCAACAGACUCAUGGCUGUGGAAGAUGAGCUGAGAGGGGGUGCCAUUCCUGAUAUUAAGCCUCGAAUCCUCACAGACCAGUCUAUCAGCCACGGCUAUGGUGGCCACCCAGGAUCCUGACUGCCAAUUCCAAAGUGACCAGAGUUCUUGAUGGUCAUUUGAGCGUGAGAAGACUCAGAUUCAGAUCCUCUACAAAAAUAUAAAAAAUAAAAACACAAAGAAGAAGCCUUGCAGUGGAUCCAGCAGGACGACUUGAGGCUUCAUCUCCCAACGCUCUUAAAAAUGAAAAACUUUGCACAUAUUCAAACUUUGCCUGUACCAGAACUUGACAAUCAGUUUAGAGUGAGGACCAACAUGUGCGGUGAAUCUCCCGCACACGUUGACUGAAAUAUAAGCCAAUGCCACAAUAACGGCAAUACUGAUCCUAUUGAAUUUAUUGAUUUGAUCGGGGGAGUUGAGACUAGAAGUGGCAAGGGUGAGGGUUGAGUUUUGAUUUCUUUCCCUGUUGCAAAUGCCACAUUCGCUUUUCACCUCAGUGGCUGCAGACGAAAUACAGAAAAGGCUUUUCCAAGCACAAAAUCUCGUCAUGGUGACGAGGAACGAGCCUGUUGUUAAAUCAGAGCCUGAGCAGAGACCUGCUGUAUAUUAUAACUACUUGACUCUGAUAAAAUCUUUAGUAACAUAUUCUCACUGCAAAGAUAUUUGCACUCAGAGAGGUGGUUAUCAUGAAUGAUUUUUGCAUCUUUUUGCAUUGUUUAUAUUACAGCUAUCCUACGUGAAUAGACACCAAACAACUCCUACAAUCAACGUAUAUUAUAUCUGCUUAAAAAACAAUCUAAAUCUUGUUUUCCUGUG